CCCUGCCCCGAGCUCUCUCUUGCUCUCUCCCUCUAAGGCUGCAGCAGAUGGAGCCAGGAGGACGGAGGGAGAGCAGCGGGCGCUGAAGGCAGCGGUGCGGAGAGCUGAGGGGGAAAAGAACGGCGAAGAGAAAGAGGAGACGAAACUUUUCGCUCUGCUCCGCUCCGGCCGCUCGCUCGCUCGCUCGCUGUCGCCCGGGCAGCUGUGGGAGAAACUCGAGGAGAGGGAAGGCUGCGGGACGCACCGGCGCUGGACAUGAACGAGUCGCGGAGGGCAGCCGGCGCCGCCGCCGCCUCCUCUUCCUCGCCGCUGGAGGGUCCAGAGAAGGGGAGGAAAAUCAGGAAAGGCAAAGGGGGCGCGGGCAGGAAAGGCGCUCCUCGGGAGGAGAGCGGGCCAGCUGUGCCUCCUAAAUUGAAGGAGAUGAAAAGCCAAGAAUCUGCUGUGGGUCAGACACUAGUUCUCAGAUGUGAAGCCAGUUCUGAGCACCUCUCUCUCAAAUUCAAAUGGUUAAAGAAUGGAAAAGAAAUAACAAAAAGAAACAGACCAGAAAAUAUCAAGAUUAAGAGCCCCAAAAAACAAAAGACAUUCUCAGAACUCCGCAUUACUAAAGCUUCAUUGGCUGAUGCUGGGGAAUAUACAUGUAAAGCGAGCAACAGAUUUGGGGAUGACAGUACUAAAGCUCGGGUAAUCAUUACAGACACCAGUGAACCCACGGGCAUGGUACCAGUUUUGACAAAAGGAGUAAAUGCAUCCUCACAACUCAUAAACAAGAUUUCUGCCUCUACUGAAGGAACGAAUACGUCUUCUACCACUUCUACGUCUACUACUGGGACAAGUCAUCUCACAAGAUGUGACGUGAAUAAGAAAGGCUACUGUGUAAAUGGGGGUGAAUGCUUCAUGGUCAAAGAUCUUCCAAACCCAAGAUAUUUAUGCAAGUGCCCAAAUGAAUUUACUGGUGAUCGCUGUCAAAACUACGUAAUGGCCAGCUUCUACAAGCAUCUUGGGAUUGAAUUUAUGGAAGCUGAGGAACUCUACCAGAAAAGAGUGUUGACCAUAACUGGCAUCUGCAUUGCUCUCCUUGUGGUUGGCAUCAUGUGUGUUGUGGCAUACUGCAAAACCAAGAAGCAGCGGAAAAAGUUACACGACCGUCUCAGGCAGGGUCUUCGAUCAGAACGCAAUCACAGGGUCAACAUGGCAAACGGGCCUCACCAUCCUCACCCACCGCCAGAAAAUGUCCAGCUGGUGAAUCAAUACGUAUCUAAAAACAUAAUAUCCAGUGAACAUGCUGUUGAGAGAGAAACAGAGGCAUCAUUUUCUACAAGUCACUAUACCUCAACUAAUCACCAUUCUACAACCGUCACCCAGACACCCAGCCACAGUUGGAGUAAUGGUCGGACUGAAAGCAUAAUCUCUGAAAGUCACUCAGCCCUUGUGAGCUCCUCAGUUGAGAACAGCCGCCAUACAAGCCCAUCAGGCCCUCGCGGGCGCCUCAACGGCAUUGCAGGGCCAAGAGAAUACAACAGUUUCCUCCGGCAUGCACGAGAGACACCAGACUCUUACCGUGAUUCGCCACACAGUGAAAGGUAUGUAUCUGCUAUGACCACACCAGCUCGCAUGUCUCCUGUAGAUUUCCACACUCCAAGUUCUCCAAAAUCACCGGCUUCAGAAAUGUCUCCACAAGUCUCCAGUUUAACCAUGUCUGUCCCAUCUGUGGCAGUCAGUCCAUUUAUAGAAGAAGAAAGGCCUCUCCUUCUGGUGACCCCACCCAGGCUACGGGAAAAAUAUGAGCUUCAUUUACAACAGUUCAAUUCUUCUUACCACCACAAUCCUGCCCAUGAAAGCAACAGUCUACCACCAAGUCCCCUGAGGAUAGUAGAGGAUGAGGAAUAUGAAACCACACAGGAGUAUGAACCCACACAAGAGCCUCCAAAGAAACUAGUCAACAGUCGGAGGGCAAAAAGAACAAAGCCCAACGGCCACAUUUCCACUAGAUUGGAAAUGGACACUGACACGAGUUGUGAGAACAGUAGCUCAGAGAGUGAGACAGAAGAUGAAAGAAUAGGUGAAGACACGCCUUUUCUGAGCAUACAAAUUCCUUCAACAGCUGACCUAGAAUCAGCUACUGCAUAUAGGCUGGCUGACACUAGGACUAACCAAACCAGCCGCUUCUCAACACAGGAAGAAUUGCAAGCAAGAUUGUCCAGUGUAAUAGCUAACCAAGAUCCCAUUGCUGUUUAAAGAAAAGAAAAAAAAACACUUUAAAAAACCCACAUAGAUUCACAAGUAAAACUUUAUUUUAUAUAAUGAAAUAUCCAUGUUUAAAUUAAAACAAUUUAUUUUAUUUUAACAGUUACGCUAUUAGGAUUUAAAAAGAAAACACAGGAGGGGAAAAAACUUUUAUAAAUUAAAUAUAUAAUGUAUAUAUAAAAGUGUUAUGUGCCAUAUGUAGCAAUUUUUUUACAGUAUUUCAAAAAUGAGAACGAUAUCAAUGGUGCCUUUAUGUUAUGUUGAGAGCAAGUUUUGUAAAAGUUACUAGUGACUGCUGUUCCACAGUAUUUUGCAGAAGUCUCUAACAGUCCGUUUCCCACCGGAUUCACGGUGACCGGCUGUACGGUCUGUAAGAACUGCAGCCGUCCCUGUGUUGCUUGUCCAUACUAGCAUACCAACCUAGACACAAAACAUGCUCAUUUCUUCCUUGAGAGGCUUCUAUUUCCUCACAUUAUAUGAGUUGCUCUCUAACAGAAACAAGGUUUAUUUUGGGACCCUUGAGAAAAUGGGUAGGUCCAACAGCAUGCCAUUGUUUUUUUAAAAAGGGGACAAUACAGCUUUCAGAAAUGUAGAGCUAUAUCCAAUAUUAGAUACCAGUGUAGGUCUGUCCAGUUGAAUAUAAUUACCCAAGAAUCUACUUGAAUUUAAAUAGGAGCUAUCAUCACCACCACCACCACCCUUUCUACUGAGACACACGCAGACAGUUUUAAUUUAUGUAACAUUAUUUCCUAGAUGUUCACAAUUGUAUGACAAGACACAAUGGGAUCCAAUCUAGCAGGAAGCCCUUCUAUGCAAGCACCUUUUAAAUUAAUUGGAUGGGUCCAAGAGCAAGGAGUUUCUGGUCUGUGUCCUUAGUAUGGGAGAACCUGCUACUGGAUUGUCCUGGGUUAAGUAAACUGCCGUAUCAGAGCAGGUAUUUGUCGACCAUCGAGGGAAUGAGUCAAAGUGGAAAUGCAAAAACCACUGCUAAAAUUACAGUCAUUUUGAAACAAUGUUUUCAGGUAGAUAACUUUUUUUUUUCUCAUUUUAAACUGGGAAGACAAAUACCAAAAUACGAUUUUGCAGUGGAUUAUCUCUUCCUGUGUGCUUAAAUUUUCUAGCUUACGUAUAAAUGGAAUCAAAAUGUGAUCAAAUGAGCUCUGAUGGAAAAGGGUAAACGUGUUCUGUAUGCCUAGGGACCUAUUAUGUUUUUUACCUAAGUGUUUGUAAGACGAGCAUGUUAUACUUCUCAGGCUCCCAGUCAUGCAUGGGUUUUUGUUAUAUAAAUAUAUAUGUGCAUGCAGCCAGAAAUAGAUAGAAGCCUUCUUUCUUCGAGGCAUGUUGGAGAAACGACUUGGACAUGAUAAGAGCAGACGCGUUUGUUUAAACCCCCGUUUGGCCCAAUCGCUUAGAAGGAUCCUAUUUCUAGAGCAAAAACAGCUGGGCAGGUGAGGGGAGCUUGUCUAAGUGAAACACAUUCCUCCGCAGAGGGGAACAGGAGAAGGGAGAUACCGAGUGCUGUGCUGCCGAUAGGGGCGAAGUAAUCACCUAUGCACCUAUUUUCCCCCAAAAUAAUGGAACCUCUUGCUCUGCUUUAUGCAUCAUUUGGGCAGGCCAAGUUCAAACAAACAGGUCUGAUAUUUAAUUUGGCCCCAGCAGCAACAUUACUGCAGCUUCUUGAUCCACACGCCAGUCAUUUAUUUUGGAGGCCUGAAUCUGCGACAAAAUUAGCCUUGAUUUAUAUCACACUGUAGAGCACAGCCCAGAGGCCAAACUUCACACAUCUGCUCUCCCAGCCUUCCCAGCCUUUGGCAAUCAUGUCCAGUUGAUACGGUUGGUAAAUGAAAAGCAAGGUGGUUUGUGUGGAUGCUGCUGAGCCUUGGGAGAAUCUGUGAGAAAAAUUUCUUUGCUUUUUUUUUGAAUGCCUAGUACUUGAGUUCACUUAAUACAGAUAUCUUCACAGAAGGCCUAAUCUGGAGAAUGUUAACUUGAUCACUGAAGGCUAACAGGGAAAUCCUAGCCCUCUGUAUUAGAAAAAUUUAUACAGAAGAGUAGACUUCGGCAUAGAACCGGUUAGAAUCAUGAUAUAAAGCGAUAAUUACAUUUCAGAACCACCAGUAAAAUACAUUCCUGUUAUGCAACAUGCAUUCACUGGAAGUUUCCAAAUCAUUAUAUUGACUUCAAAUGGGUGCUGAAGUAGUUUGUCGAGUAUUGACUUUUGGUUUAUAACUUUAAAAUGUGGCAUUUUCUAAUAUUCAUUUACAGGCUUCAGUUGCAUUCCCUUUCUCUAUUGACAAAGUCUGCUUUUCCAAAGCAAACAGAUGCUCCUGCAUUGCUGAAGAACCCUCUGAGGGGUUCUUAUUUCUAAGCCUUUUCCAAAUAUCAUAAGCCCUUUUCCAAAAAUUCCAUAUUUUGUAGGAACUAUUUGGCCAAGAUGCCAACUAUUCUAAAACAGUAAGAAUGAGCAGGGACAUUCUUUCUUAAGCAGAAAGUUGGGCAGACCAGAGGAGCAUUUCCUAGAAUGUUGCUUACCCUUGACAUUGAAUGUGGACUCUGCUAUUAAUAAUGCAUACUUCUUCCAGUAAUCUUUCUUCGUUUUCAUAUUGUUCCAUAGGUAUUAAGGUACUGUGAGUAGGCUGGAUGGAGAAAAACGGGGGUAAACAGGCAUUUCCUAAUGUACAUAUUUCAUUUACAGUACUUGAUAGAAUAGAUUGGGACUCCAGUAUAAAAGAAAAUGAAGAAAUGGCUUGCUGGGGGGGAUUCUGGGAGUUGAAGUCCACCUGUCUUAAAGUUGCCAAGGUUGAGAAACACUGCUCUAUUAUACAUGGUACAGAUGAAAAAGCAUAUCAGAAACUAGACAUUUUACUAAAAUCAUGUUCUCCCAAUAGUCUUCUGUACACAUGCCUCUCUUUUAAGUACAUUUCUCCAUUCUAUUCCUGCCAGGGCAGACAACACUCUCCCACUACCUUAAUGUUUCUAUCACCUCAUUCACUGUCUUUCCAUUCACUCUUCCUAACCUUAGACAUGCCUAUGCAGGACCUUCUCAUGUUCUCCCUUCUGUGCUUACCAAUACAAAACUGUAACCAAUGCAAAACUGAUAGGUGCAUGAGCCUGAUCUCCCUGCAUGCGUGAUAUGCUUCAUCAUUCCCCAGACUUUUCUUGCAGCUAUCGCAGGUGGGAUCCCCAGGGGAACUGGAGAGAAAAUACAUGCAUUUUGAUUGCCUUGUUAUUCUGUGCGGCCGAAACUCACUCUGGGCUAGUGGACUGGGAAGAAAGAGCUACUAGACUCUUCUUGCAUUUGAGCCCAUUGCCCUGGCAAUGAGGCCCUACGAGAAGUUUCCUUUGAGUCCAACUCAGCUCCUGGUGACUUCAUAGGCAUGUUCCCUUGACUACAAUACUGCCUUUUAAAACAUGGGAAAACAAUUUAUGUGGACAAGGGAGAGAGUUUAAAUUAAUAUAAUACUGGCUUUAAGGAAGAAGCACACAUCAGAAUUGCAUGUAUCUUGAAAAAUGGCUCCAAACCAAUUAUUACUGUACCAGAAGAGAAAUGCAAUUAAAUUAACGGGGAGUAAUCAUGUAACUGCAUUUAAAUUAAUUGAGCUAAGCUGAAAUUUAAAUUAAAUCAACUUGAAUUUUUGCUCCGGUCCUAUUCUUUCUUUUAUGCUGGGUCCAUCCAGUCUUUGGGCAGGGUGAUAUGGGCUGGCCACUCUGGCAAAAUGCAGCCUUCAGCCCAUAACAAAACUAUGCAUGCCCUGUUGUAAUGGGUAACACUACUGUGCCACUUAGCUUAAUAGCUUACUCUGUUAAUUAAUGUGUCCAGAUUAGUUUGUGCAUGAAUCUUGCUUGAUUUCUCAUCACUUUGUAAUGCACAGCUGAAUGGAUUGUGUUAGAGCUGGUUUUGGACAAUAAGAGCAUUCCAUCUCGGUAAUUAAGAUGUGGACAGUGCAUUUACGGCUAUCAGUCAAUGCUGCAUCCAUGAGAGUUAAGUGUGCAUCAAUGUUAGCCUCUGUAGUAGUGUGAAGAACCGCUAUGGGUUAUAAGCAAGAAUGGGUUACAAGCCAUUCCUCUCAACAACUCCCCUUUCAUAAAACAACAAGAAGAAAUCAUGUAGAAAAAUCCAAUGUAUUAAGAAAAAUAUGACUGAAAGGCAAUUUCAAUUCUCAGGGCAAUCUUAUUUUAUGCAUUCAAACUUUAUUUCCAUAAAUGUAUUGAGUAUGGUAUCUCUGCUCAUUUCUAUUUAAUCUUUGGUCUGAAAAAAAAAUGUCAAGUAAAUCAGCAGUCGGAAUAAAGAACUGCUCUUCUGAAUGUAGUUGAUGCUCAAGUUUGGUUCAGACAUCUCAUAAUAAAUGGUUUGGCAUCUUAAGAAAAUGCACCAAUUAAAGCUCUAGAUUGGACGCUGCAUACAUAGAACAGGGUAUCAGGGGUCUCUGCACGUACAUGUUUUCAUCAGCCAAUAAUCUGUUUCUUUGUGAACUAAGCCAUGUUACCCACUAUUAGUGGCUGGUGGACAACUAAUAAUGUAUAGUUUUUCUUCUUUGUUUAUGCUGAAGUACCAUCAUGCCCAUAUUUUCCCAUGGUUGAUAUCAAAAUAAGGUGUGGCUACUUCAAUUCAGCAGGAUGUGUUGAUAUCUGGCUAAAUUGCCCGUCUUUAGUAAGCAACACAAGCAGAGUGUUUUCACCUUUUUUUGCACUGGCUGAAUUUUUAGUGGCCAUGAUGGCUGAUGCUCAACAAGUCUGAAAUGCUGCAGAGAAAUGCAGGAAAUGCAAUGGCCACAUAUCAUUUUAAGUAUAUAUUCUUUUUGUAAAUACAUCUUGUACAUACUUGGAUGUUCCACCACAAUCAUUUAUUGUCUUUAUGAGUUAUAUAUCCAUUUAUAACAGUGUAAAUAACACAAUGUUCCUUAUUAUUUAUAUUUAGGUGUUUGAAAGAAAAAAGGAAGUCAUCAUUUUAUUUUAAGAUAUAUGUCAAAUAUGUUUGGUUACCCUUUUCCCCCUUUCACAAUUGUAAUGUACCCUUUAUUUUUUUUUCUUUCUUUUACAAAAAAAAAUAAUAAUUUAUUGAUCUAGAAAGAAUGUAUUGUAAUGGAAUUGUACAUAGAGUGCAGAGUGGAAGGCCAUAAGGUACUGACAAACUAAAGAUUCUAUAAUCCCAAAUAUUAAGCAAUAAGCAAUUGUUGAUUUAUUUAAGGUUGUAUUGCUCAUUUUCAGUAAAAGAGGUGCUGGAAUAAAUUGCUACUGUGUAGUAUGGGCACAGUUGCCCUGCAGAUGGUUUCAGACCAUUAGAUUCUCCUGCCCUCCUUUCUAUUCUAGUUGGUGAUGCCUAUGUCAAUGACACAGUUCUAAUGUCAUCUGUUUGUAAAAGUUGGACUCUCUGUUGUCAAUAUCCCUCUCCCUCCCAGUCUUCUCUGUUCUUAUUGCUGGAAUGGACAGACCAUCCAGUCUGCUACUUGUUGCCUGUGUUCUUAGAGAUCACAUGUCUAAUUGCUGCUAAGCAGUUUAGCAUUAACCAGGGUUCAAUAAAAAAAUAAUAACAAUAAAUCCAACGACAUGUC